UUGUAACAUCGUGGUAUUGAUUGAGGGAAACUUUAAUAUUCAUGAACCAAGCGUGAACUGUAAUGUGAUUGGUCAUUUGAAUUUCCGCUCCUUUUAAUCGCUUCGGCAUCGCGCGCUGCUCGGAGCGGCUGUCAAAGGAUGUUUUUACGUCCAUUCAGUGCGGAAACGCCUCAAUUUACAGCACUUUAAACAAACGGAAAACGACGCCAUCAACCCGCAGGUUUAAUGGCUGCAGAAGUGAAGGAGUGUCCUGAAUUCUCCUGGCAGAACUCACAGGAGCUGGAAUCAUUUCUGAGCGAUCUCAAGAUCUGCUUUGUGAUGAGAUUAGAGCAACAGUUUGUUUGUCCAUCCUGCAGUGGGCUAGUGUUAAACCCUCACCAGACGGGCUGUGGACACAUCUUCUGUGCCCAGUGUAUCAGGACAUAUGUGGAAAAUGGAGAAGUUUCAAAAUGUCCUUUAGACAACAUUUCUAUAAAAUCUGAGGAGAUCUUUCAAGACAACUGCUGUAAAAGAGAACUUCGGAACUUAGAGGUUUACUGCACCAACGCCCCAGACUGCACACAGAGGAUACCUUUAUGUAAUCUGCAGGAUCAUCUGAAAGCUUGUCCCUACGAGCAUCUUAAAUGUUCAAACUCAGGUUGCACUGAUGUCCUGUUACGUAAAAACCUGUUGGAACAUCAGAGGAACGUCUGUUCCCUCCGGCUGGAGCCCUGCGAACACUGCGGGCAGUCGUAUCCUGUAUCCAAGCUUUUGGACCAUCAGAAGACCUCAUGCCCAGAAGUUGAGGUCCAGUGUUCCAACAAGUGUCCACAGAUGAUCAAAAGACACAAGCUGCAGGCGCAUGCAGACGAGUGUCCUGAAGUGGAGACAGAUUGUGUCUAUAAAAGCUAUGGCUGUACAGUCAGAGGCAAAAGAGAGAAAGUGCACGCUCAUGAAAACACUGAGUUCAGCUCACACGUUCGGCUUGUGCUGGCAAAUAACUGCAAACUUGAGAAACAGAUGGAGCAGUUGCAGCAGGACAUGCUGGUCCAACAAGGGACAUUAAAGGACCAUAGUCUGGUGCUCGGUAGUCUGGACAGGAAUAUCAGCUUGUGUGACAGCACACUGACUACCUUACAGAGGUCUGUGGAAGAGCAGAGUUUGCGCAUCUGCAGCAUGCAGCAUGAACUUGAAGAUCUGCGGGGUGUUCUGGGGUCCGAACUGCAUGACGAGCUCCCAUCUCUCCGAGCAUCACUGGACUCCCUCAGACAGCAGGUGGCUGUCACAGAAAGCCUCAGGGAACACCUUGGUGUAUUGGAGCAGACAUGUCAACGUCACACCCAUUUGUUAGACAUCCACCUGGAACAGCUACAGUUUAAUGAGCAGCGGUUUCACCAGCUUGAAUCCACCACCUUCGAUGGCAAACUCAUUUGGAAAGUCCGUGACUACUGGCGGUGGAAAGAAGCCGGCACCCCCGUCAACUCGAUGCCCUUUUACACCAGCCGUAGCGGCUACAAGCUCAGUAUCCGGGCAUACCUUGGAGGAGACAGCUCGGGGAGAGGCACCUAUCUGUCGCUCUAUGUCAUGAUAAUGCGUGGAGACUUCGACUCCCUUUUACCGUGGCCGUUCUGCCAAAACAUCACUUUAACAUUACUAGACCAAAGCGGUUCAAGAAACCACGCGAGCAGUACAUUUACGCCUGAUGCCAUAAGCGACAGCUUUUGCCGUCCGACAUCUGAUAGCAAUGUGGCUACAGGGUUCCCACGAUUCAUCUCCCACAGUGAUCUUGAAAUCCCCCGUAAUGCUGUUUAUGUGAGAGAUGACACACUGUUCAUCAAAGCCAAGGUGGACACAACAGGAUUAGAGGACCUGUAGUUAUAAAAAUAAACACUGAUUUUUGAUGCUGAUUUAAAAAAAAUGCAUGAACACUGAAAACUGCUUGAAUUUCAGGAACUAAUGUUUCAUUUUUAAACUUCACUGUAGUGUCACAGUAUAGCUGGAUGAUGAAAACUGCAUCAACACCGCCAAAAUUCUGUACGUGUGAACAGAGUCAAAAUUUCAUCACUUCAGUCUUAUUUGAUGUAAUAGCAUUUUGCUUUCAAUAACCACAAUAAUUCUUAACUUUGAAUAAUAAUAAAAUGCACAUUUGUCUGUCUUUCUGAUGCGCUAGUAAGUUACAUGAAUGUAAGGUGCAAACAAAUAGAGAUAGAUUUGUAUGUGUAUGUAUUUGAUUUUUUGUUCACUUUUCUCUGUUAUCUUUAUUUAUUCUGUUUGUUUAACAUGUUUUUUAUGCAAUGCAACUUGUGAAAAGUGCUAUAAAAAUAAA